AUGGCAAACGCCAAGCUUGUAGUCGUGGGGGUGGCCAUCCUUGUAAUCCUGCUGCACGUGUCUACGUGCGCCAUGGCCCGGCACCACGCCAAGCCGGACCCGUGCGCCAGCGAGGACGACUCCGUGCCGGGCAUGCUGCACAAGCACAAGCACAAGAAGCCCCACUGCCCCUCGCCGGGCGGCAGCGGUGGUGGCGGCGGCCGCGGAGGCGGCGGCACCCCAGGCGUGAUGACGGUGAACGGCUUCCAGAAGGGUCAGGACGGCGGCGGGCCGUCGGAGUGCGACGGCAAGUACCACAGCAACGGUGACAUGAUCGUGGCGCUGUCGACGCGCUGGUACGAGGGCGGACGCCGGUGCGGCAAGAUGAUUCGCAUCACCAGCAAGCACAACGGGCGCACCGUGCAGGCCAAGGUGGUGGACGAGUGCGACUCCAACCACGGCUGCAAGACCAACAUCGUGGACACCUCCGAGGCCGUGUGGAAGGCGCUCGGGCUCGACAGCAACAUGGGCGAGGUGCCCGUCACAUGGUCCGACGCCUGA